AUGGCCGAAAGUCCAGCGGGUCAUGCGCCUGUGACGCGCAGCUCACCAAGCUCCGACUCCGCCCUGCAAACCAGCAGCACGUCCAUGUCGCGGGGAGCCGCAGGUCUCGUUGCUUCGACCAGCGACAUCGACAGGGUGCGCGAAGUCAUAGGCGCACGUCGCACAGGCAACGUCAUGACGCUUCUGCCCAUCUGCGCAAUUCCACCAGCCUCAAAGUCGGAUUCGCAGACCAGCGCCAAGUCUUGGCCCGGGGCGAACGUCAACACGCUGCGCAAUGUUGCCAGAGACAAGGACACCGGUCAGCGGCAUCAGAGGCCUAACAACGCGACCUGGGUGGAAAUGAACAAAAAAUAUGAAGAACGAAAGGAAGAAGACCGGAACACGCGCAUGCGACAGAAGGCCUUCACGUUUAUGUUCUCUGUCCUCGUUGUCCUUCCAGUCGUCGUAGGCAUUGUGGGCCUGCUGCUGAUUCGGGCGCUGCCAGUACGCGCGGAACGCUACGGCGAGCCCUCCGCGGGCGCAUUCACCGACCUCAGCCAACUCUGCACUGGCCUGGCAACAAACGACUCGUGCCUCGUAGCGAUCCGGGAGCUCCAAAGAGCCGUCGACCUGGAUGCCGACCCCUGCCGCGACUUCCACCAGUUCGCAUGCGGUCACUGGCGACCAUUGCUAGGAGGCGGCAGCAGCUACAUCUCGCAAACGACGAAGCUGUUUAACGCCCUCGUCCACGACAAGCUCUUGAACGUGUCGUUCGACAUCCGCGAAGGCAAACCAGCGCCGUACGGCCUUUCGGUUCACCAGAUGGCACUGUUCCAUGCCAGCUGCUACGAGAUGUUCACGGGCCGCAACUCCGGGGGAAACAUCAAUGAGGUCAUGGAAGCCCUGGGCAUCGAGCAAAUGACGUGGAUCGCAGUGGCGUCAGCUGAGAGGCUUGUUGAGCUUGCCGUGAGCACGAGCCUGAGGACGGGACUCUCGGCGUUCGUCAACGUCAGGCUCUUGAAGGGUGAACUGCACCUUGAAGUGGGCUCGUCGCUCGUGAAGGCCUUCGUUUACAAGCCAGGCGUGAGGCAGUAUCUCGUUGAUGCGGUCAUUGAUCUCGGCGUGAACAUCAGUGACCCCGUAGAAAAAACGCUAGACCUGGAUUACAAAGUCGACGGCCUAGUGCUUUCUUAUAGCGAAAGCCACGCGUUUCGAACGUUCACCGUUCAGGAAUUAGUCGACUUACUCCCGCAAAUCAACUGGAACAACGCUUUCAACACGGACCGGCCGACGGCACUGGAAAGGGUGACGAAUGGAACCAAUAUUUCCCUGCGUGGCGUUACCUUCGUCAAGGACGUCUUACAGAUCUUCUAUGGCGAACAGCUUCCAGUGAUCGGAUUGUAUGGCCUGUUAAGUGCGCUGUCAACGGUAAUGAAAUUUACGUACUAUGCCCGCCACGUGAGCUUCGACGAACCGUUCGUUGGAGUCAAGUGGUGUCUUCUUCUUACGGCCUGGCACUUUACCAAGCUCUUCCCAGCCUGGGUGGGCACCAACUUCUUACAAAGCAACUCGACGGAAAGGUUCACGAAAGCGUUCAACGAAGCCAUGGCGGUUGUACUGAGGGACAACGUCGUCAACUUCGGCGUCUACCUCGAGACGACGCUUCUUAGCCGUACAUGGCUUAAUAUCAUCGGGGAGCCCUGCAACGUCCUUACCACGCCUACGGAGCCGUUUCCGGUGACGAUGAACGAGACGUUCCUGCCCAACCUGGCGGCCGUGAUAGCCGCCCAGGUCGGCAGCGCCGAUAGAGAAGCCCUCUUCGUCGAGAGCCAUGCCUUGGUCAUGGGCCAACUCGGUUAUGGCCAGAGACGCCAUGAAAAGUUCGCCAUCCCGCCUGCCUUGGUCGCCUCGAGAGGCUUCCUGUCGCUUCAGGUCCCCGAGGCUAACGUCGGCAUGUUCGCGCUUCGCUAUCUGGUCCUGCGGGCCAUCUACGAGAGGGCGGCCGCGUACCAAGGCAGUGCGGCCCCGGUAGCUUCGAGAACCGCCAUCGGAGGUUCAAGCAUGGCCGCGUACGUGCAGUCCUGCUUUGGCCAGUCGUUCAGGAAAAGCCUCAACAAGAGCCUCGGCGAAGAUGCAAUCAAGUCUUUGAUGGGAGGUCGCUGGGCAGUGGCCACGGCCAUGGCAAUGGCUGAUAAGGACCCUGUGACGUCCUGGCGCCUGGACACUCGCGCCCGUCGAAGGCUACUAUACCUGGUGAUCUGCGCCACCGGAUGCGGAGACCCACGCGACGCCGACCAUUGCCGGGACAUGUCCCGCACCAUGCCGGACUUUAUCCACGCGUACGGCUGUACCGAGGGCGCGGACUACAAGUGCAACUGCAGCGCCGUGAACAACUGCGAGACGCACUUGCCCUCCGUAACGGACGAGGGGUAUAAUGUCGCACAUGAUGCUGAGACCUCGACUGUGCCUACGGGCCUGCUGGAAUCGCCGUGCCUGCUAGCAGAAGUGCAGGAGAUAAGCGCUCUCCGGGACCUCAGCACUCAAGCGGAGAACCAGCUGCCAGAAGAUAGUGCCGCUCCAAACGAAGAGAGGAGGGUGCUGUCCGAGGAACAACCUCAAUACUCUUCUGUUGCACCCGAAUACAACGCCGAGAUGACUCCCUUCCAGCGCAAGGUGGUUCACAUGACCCUGUGCUUCAGCGCGAGCGUCAUCGGCUUCGCAGUCUUGAGCAUCGUGGCCUUGGCGCUGGGAUGCAAGUCGCAGCAGUGCUUGGACGCGACCGGUUACCUGCAUUCAGUGGUCGAAGAAGAUCUGCACCCAUGCGUGGACAUGUACAGUCACGUGUGUAACCGGUGGACAAGCCGACGGCGAGGCGUGGGCUUUGUGUCAGACGCCCUGAACCUCUUCCUGCAGCGCUUCAGACGCCGGCUUCAAAGCUCGUUCGACGAUGUCUUGGGAGACCGGAUGGCUCCAGUUAUUCGGAUCGGCAAGCGUUUGCUCGAUGACUGUACCGCGUACAUGAACGCGACGGGCUCCAGCCUUCAGCACGACGUCGAGUCCGUACUGGAACACGUGAACGUGACAGACCUCUUGGAAAGCGAUUCGUUCCGCGCAGCUUUCGUGCGAGCGAUAAACAUCUCGUUCGCAACGGGUCUCCACAGUGCCGUGGUUGUCUCACGAACAAAGAAUGAUUUGAGCACGUUUAUCCAUCUCACCAACGCGCCUUCGAUACGCCGAGUACUGCGAGCGGCACCCACGGACGACGAUGUCGAGGCCUACGUCGCAGACGUCAUACGCCACUUGACCGUGACCUCCGAUGCCGUGGCCAUUGCUCGCGAAGUGUUCGACGUGGACAGCGAGGUAGAGAUUUUCGCCGAAGACGACGUGAAAAGCGUAUGGCUUACCACUGGUGAACUAAAGAAGGAUGCCAGCUUUGCGCCGGGCCUCUGGAAGCAGGCGUUUGGUUUGUUCACUGACCAGGGGCUAACGGUAACCGGCGACGACAUCUUACUCUUCACCGGAUACGAGCAGACCCGGAAAGUCUGCCAACACCUGGCCGAGGCUCAGCUCCGAUCGACCGUGUGGUACCUCAUAAUUACCAUUCUCGCUCAGGCUCUUCGCUAUGACUUCGCGAGGCGCUUCCACUCGACCCCUGGCCAGGACACCGGACAUGUCUGCUUCGACGCCGUCAACGCAGCCUUACAUCUGCACUGGCACUUCGUGUUGCGGGGCAUCGCUGUGACCCACCCGGCAGCGGGAAUCGGCCAGCUCAACUCUAUGUUUCUCAACGUCCAGCGAAUUACCAUACCCGACUGGCUCGACGAAGAGACGGCAGCUCUGGCGCGCAACAGGGUCAACAUGAUCUCCUUAGAGACACUGGCGCCAUCUGCCGGUGAUAGUGGCGUGAAGAACGCGAACACUACUUACCUCCAGGGGGAGCCACAACAGUUUUCGGCGGCAAAAUCGAAGCGAAGUUUUCCCGGAAGUUACGUCGCGUUCCGCGCGCUUUCCCAGAGAGAGGGCGUCCUGCAUAAUCCACCGCACUGGGUAAACGCACGCAUGGCGUCGCUGUGGGCUCACCCGUGGCCCGUGUACGAUGUCCUCUACGACAAGAUCUUCCUGCCGGCAGGAUACCUCGACAGUCCCGUGUUCUACAACGAACACGCGGCGUCGCCAUUUCUCUACGGCACAGUUGGGGCUGCGAUGGCUAAGGCAUUGGCCGACGUCGUUGGUCCUUACGCCAGAUGGAACGCCACUUCGCCGCACCGGUCACAUGACUCGUGGUGGACCACCCCGAAGCUCUUCGACGCCCAACUUCGGCUGGGAUGUCUGCGCACGCGCGCCGACGAAGACGUGCUUCGGCACCCGAACCGGAACCCCCACCCGAAGACGUCAGAGGCCUUCAAGAGCAGCGCGUUCGCCUGGAUUCGCGCCGCCAGGGUCGCGCACGAUGCGAUGAGGGCCGCCAUCUACAGCGACCGCGAUAAAGAUUCCACGCACGACCGAUACUGGCCGGAGGUGCAGAGGCAGUUCUUCGCUCGCUUCUGCCUGAUGGCUUGCGGAACCGAGAGGCAGGAUGCCUUGAAGCCCCGAGAGCGCUGCACCUGGCCGCUCCUCGGUAUGCCCGAGUUUGCGACGGCGUUUGACUGCCGAAACGCGUCUUACAAAGAAUUGCGAGAGUCGUGCGCUCCUUUCUGA